AUGGUCUUCAUCUCUCAGACGCCCACCUUCGCCCCCUACUCCAAUUUUCAAAGCGUCAUCUCAAAUCUGUGUCAACAAUAUCAUUAUAUUGACAGCUAUCCAAUUACACGGUACCCCAGACACGCCCCGAACUUGAUGGGGCUACGUUUGUCUUGUGGACAAAAACUCACCACUAUCGCCUCCGUUGCUGACUCCAGCUGCCCACAUAUUCAUCUAUUGUUUAUGAUUGACAACUGCGCAGACGACUGGCGUAUCGCAAUGACCUGGCAACGCAUUGCUAGAAUAUCUAUGGAGCUGAUCAUCUGCGCCGUUCAUCCGAUCCCAGGGGAGUACUACUUCUACUGGACCACCAAACUCUCCAACCACGGGGGUGUUGAGGGCUCCCAGUGGGUGCCGAUAGAUGUCACCCUCUCCCUACCCAUGUUCCUGCGACUGUACCUCAUAUGCAGGGUCAUGUUACUACAUUCUAAGCUGUUCACGGAUGCGUCGUCUCGGAGCAUCGGGGCGCUGAACAGAAUUAAUUUCAACACGCGGUUCGUUCUUAAAACAUUAAUGACCAUCUGCCCGGGUACGGUACUGCUCGUGUUUAUGGUCUCCCUCUGGAUCAUUGCUUCGUGGACCCUCCGCCAGUGUGAGAGGUACCAUGACGAAGAACAUGCCAAUUUGUUGAACACCAUGUGGCUUAUAGCGAUCACAUUCUUGUCCGUGGGGUAUGGUGAUAUUGUCCCAAAUACUUACUGUGGGAGGGGUAUUGCGGUGACAACCGGCAUCAUGGUAAGUGGCGCCAUCUCAGGUGCAACAGAAAACGAGAUUCAGGACGCAAAAGAAGUUAUCACUAGCCUCAACCCAGCCCUUGUAGCCUUGCGAUUUUAUGAUCAUAUCUAAGAUUUUUUCAGAAUUUAUGAUUGAUUUUCAUUUAGUUCCUCUAAUCAACAAAAGAAAGUGAACAUUUACACCAAACUAAUCAAGUCAUUCUUGUGUUUUUUUGCCAAUAACUUCAGCUUUUUUAGUGAAUUCCUGAUUUUGUACAUUUGUGCGUUGUAUAUGCUACUACUAUGACGACUUUUUAUUUUAAUUUAUCUAACCACUACUGUUUCUACUACUACACUUGUGCAUCCCUCACGAACGAGCGGUAGAGAUCCUUGCAUGAGUCUUAUAGCUUGAGGCCGCACUAGGGCUGGGUUUGCACGGAGACGUGUCAGCUGAUCCUGUUCGGCCCCUGCGCAGAGAGGACUGUGCCCCUAUGAUUGCUAUACCCCAUAGAUCUGAUAUAGCUUUCCGCGCAAAGCAUUAGAAAUUGACAAUUAAACUGAAUAGUAAUGAACUCUACAAUAAAAUACCAAGAUAGCUGUUCAUCCAACGGAAUUUAUAUUUAAGAGACCUAAACUUGAUCGGCAUGAUUAGGUACAAGACAAUACAUGAAAGAAAAUCCAUUUCCAUAAUCCUGGAAUACACGUUACGGAUGUAUU